AUGUAUGCUCGAGAGAGCCCUGGAGACGUGGUGGGAGGGUCAUUUGCCUUGGCCAUAGCUACUGGGGCUGCACCUGUGGCGCCCUUCGGAGCAGCCUGGCGAAGCUCCGCCAAGAAUCGUCUCGAUGGUUCAGUUUGGCUCCCCGAUGCUCCCCAACCAUGGUCGCUGGAGAAUCCACUGAGAACCUGCGUGGGUUUGGAUCCAAACAUGCUCUGA